GUCAAAUCUAAUGUUUUAAAAAAGCUUGAUUCAAAAGAGCGGCGUUUGUAUAGUACACCUAACAUCAAACUUUAGUUUUUUCUUAAGUAUAAGUUGACUUUCUUUUUUAGUACUCAAUUAUAAUGAACUGAUGUUGUAAAAAUUUGGAAAAAUGUUUUAUCAUAUAUCUUUGGAACAUGAAAUUUUAUUACAUCCCCGGUAUUUCGGACCACAGCUACUAGAUACUGUUAAGCAGAAACUUUAUACAGAAGUAGAAGGUACUUGUACAGGCAAGUAUGGAUUUGUUAUAGCUGUAACUACAAUAGACAGUAUAGGAGCCGGACUCAUUCAGCCAGGGCAAGGCUUUGUUGUGUAUCCAGUUAAAUAUAAAGCAAUUGUGUUUCGACCUUUCAAAGGAGAAGUUCUUGAUGCAAUAGUCACACAAGUUAAUAAGGUUGGAAUGUUUGCUCAAAUUGGUCCUCUAAGUUGUUUUAUUUCACAUCAUUCAAUUCCUGCGGAUAUGGAAUUUUGUCCGAAUGUAAAUCCCCCAUGUUACAAAAGUAAACAGGAAGAUAAUGUCAUACAGGAAGAGGAUGUUAUCAGGUUGAAGAUUGUGGGUACGAGAGUUGAUGCUACUGGCAUUUUUGCUAUUGGAACUCUAAUGGAUGACUACUUAGGUUUAGUGACACAAUAAUAUAUUUAAUGAUUUUUUAAAAAUAAUGUAAUUAUAAAAAUAUAAAAUGAAACACAAA